AUGCCACCUAAAACUGCUGAUUUGAAGACUCUUAUUGGAAAAAGGGACAAAGCUAUUCAAACUAUAAAGAAAUUAUUUGAGGAAUUUGAAGAAGUUUUUAGUGUAGAACCUCAAUUAGAAAGAUUGGAAGGUACAUUUAAAAUAAUUGAAGCGAAAUAUAGAAAUAUUAAGAACAACAAGAAUUAAUAGCCGACAAAAUUGUAGAAAAUGGUGGGAGUGAAGAGAAUCAAUUGUUAUCGGCUAAUCAGAAAGUUGGUGAAAGUUUGAAAGAGAACUAUUUAAAAGUUGCUAAAGCAUAUGCUGCUUAUCAAAAGAAGCUAAGCCGACCUUCACCCCCUAGAGUUAACUCUGAUUCAUUAGAGGCAAUGACAUCUGCAAUAACAAAAAUGCCUGAAGCUAUGCAAGGUUCAAAACCAAGUGCAAGUGGUCUUGAGAAGUUACCAGUACCAACCUGGGAUGGUAGUCGUAGAUCGUAUUCAACAUGGAAGAAAGAAUUCAAUCAUUGGAUGAAUAAAUGCUCUUAA